AAUUGUCUCACCUGAGAAUAGUUUGUAGAAGAUUUAAUGAAAUAAACCAACUUCUCCUGAACAAAGGUUUUAGAAAAGUGGAGAGAUACCAAGCAAAGUGCCUUAAAGAGUGGAUAAAAUAGCUGAUGAACGGUACCCCACUGAGAAGAGAAUUAUGAAGACGUGUUCCAGGGAGAGAAUGUGGAAAACUUUGCCAGUGAUGCACAUACAGAGCACAUUUGCACACCACGAAUGCUACACACAAAUUCCAAAAGUGGAGGUAAAGAGUCAACUACCUCGUCGAGAGUCUGAACGUCGGAAUCAUACUCUCUUUCGCCACUGUGAUAUUCUGACAGCUAUUGAGACACGGUUGUCGCUGCUCAACAUGACCUUCAUUAAAUAUGUAGACUGCCACAUGUGUUGCUUUAUUCCUGGAAAGGUCAUUGAUGAAAUAUACCGGGUUUUGAGGUUUGUCCAGUCUAAUAAGACGUUACCACGGGCGCACGAAAUUCUCACAGAACUGAGAGACAUCUCCAGUAUGGCGAUGGAGCAUUUUGAGGAGAAGAUCAUCCGCACCCUCAAACCUACAUCACUAACACCUACCUCUCCACGCUUCUCUCUCUCUACUUCUUACUCAGCGCUCUCACCUGUGACUCCUCCAGCCACUGCAAGACCGAUUGGCUCCUCUUUUAAUAAAUCCCUCACACCACUAUCAUCAUCAGCUGCAGAGGAACUUACACAUCUGGUUGCUUCUAAUAAAUACUACAGAAGUUGUGUUAACAUACUGAAGAAGGAAGUUUCAGACCAAAAAUCUAAGCUGAAUGAAUUGCGGAGGAAGGUGAGCGAACAAGAACGUGUUGCGUUGGAACAAAAUCGCAUCUUAUCGGAACAAACUCUGAAACUCACCAGCCAAGAAGGAAAACUCAAUGAGGUGAACCGAAAGCUCUUAGAAUAUGAUCAACGUUUUAGUGAGCUACUGGCUGAGAUGGCACGCAUGAGAGAGGGUUGUAAUGCAAAUUCUAACAGCGGCAGCAGGACUAGUGGAAGCUGGCGAAGAGAAGACAAGAAUCAGCAGUUUUAUAGCUCACAUAAUGUCACAAAUCCUGUCAUUGGCUCCACUGUCUUCGUGGCAGCCAAUAUGGUACAGCCAAAUUUACUUCCGGUUAAUUUACCUCCUGCUCAGCUACCGUCACCAACUUAUCUAACAUCGUCAUCAUUAGCGGGAUACACGGCUGGAGAGAUGGCACUUGGCAUGUCUCCUGCUCACGAGGUAUCACCCACCACCCCUGUAUAUUCAUCGUGUGGAGCAAGCUCAUCCAGUAGUUUAACAGCCAGCCAAUGUAAUCAAGGAAACUUUUCUCAGCUUACAUUACUGCAAGAAGCUACUGCACAUGAAGAAACCAUAGAUAGUUCGGCAUCCUCUUCACAGACCAUUUGUGGGGCAACAGCUCCUGUUGGUAAGUCUAAUGGAAAGAAACAUAAAAAGAGGAAAUUGUCCGAAGAGGAGGAAAGUCAAGAAGGACCACAGAUGAAGUGGAAAAAAAAUUGAAGACAGUAUUAUUAGCUUUGGUGUUAAGUAUGUACGUAUAUAUAAAACCACAGUGAUGGAAUGAAUGUUAGUUAUUUUGAGUAAAUUGGAAAACAAACCUUUACUGCUUAAACCAUAAAAGUGUAAUUGAUUUGCUAUUGCAUAUUCAUAGCUGUUGUCAUAAAUAAGAUCUUUAAAACUUUUGACUACAAAGUUAAAAUUACAGUACCAGGCAUCUUUUAAAAGAUACUAUACCAAAGGUGGCCAGUUUAUCUUGACAAGAGCUGCACACAUCAGUUGUCAGAUAAUUGAAACCUAGAAGAUAUAGAUAAUUUAUUCACAGUGCCAUAGUCCCUACGUAUGCUUAAAUUGGAUGCAUCUUUGUUGUGAUCAAAAAACACAAGUGGGAGACAACUAUGUAAUUCUUCAAGUGUACAGAAAAUGUAUUUCCAAAUGUCUUGUUUGUAGCUUCUUAUUAAUCAACAUAUCUAGAUUUUAUCUAUGUUGGGAAGGUCUAAAAAAAAAAAAAAAAAAAAGUUCCCAGAUGACAACAAAUAUCUUAGAACAGCAGUGUGAGAACUAGAAGUCUGGAUAUUGUCUUGUGAGUUGCAUUGAAUGAAUGAAAGACCUGCAUGUGGCUUGGCCACAUCUGUAUUAUAUUCUGUAUAUCAUAGUAAACUUUCAUAAGAGGGUACUUUUCUAUUUAAGUUUCUGGUUAGGCAGGAAUAGCUUUAGUGACAGGAAUCAACUGAAGUUUUGUUUGUGCUUCCUAGGAAAGAAGGGCUAGCUUUAGUGAAGGGAAUCUACAUGAAAAGUAAUUUUCACUUCUUAGAUAAGAAGGGAAUCUGUGUGAACAUUGACUCAUGAUCCCUAAAUACAAAGAGAUUACCAUAAAAAUAAUGUACAGAUAUAUGUAUUAUUUUGCCUUUUUUUUUUUUAUAUUUUUUUUUUUCAGCCUGCAAGCAGGAUGUUGCAUGCAGACUCAUUUUCACUUCUGUAGUAGUCUGUAAGCCCAUAUUAUUAUUAAAUAAGUGGAUCAGUUGUGUAGAUACAUUAAUAUAAAUCAGUUUAUGGAUAGCAUAAGGCUUAGCUUAGCAAAUUAUACUCGCAGUGAAAACAAAGCCUUAGAGGUAUUUAAUAUGUUUUAACUACAAACAUUCAGUGGUAAAUUGAGAAAGGAUCAUUGUAAUGCAAUAUGUGGCACAUAAAGGUAUUCCAGACUAACAGAGGGAUUACUUUUGGAAUAAAGCAAACAACAAAAACUACCGUAUUAAGUAAUUACACAGAAUGUUGACGGUAUGUGCAAUAAACUAUGUUUAUACACAUUGUUUUAUACUUUUUUUUUUAGUUUAUCACAGAAUUUAUACACUUUUUAUUAGUUUAUCACAUAAGAAUUUCCAAUGUAUUUUUUAGCUGAGAUUUUUCAAUGUAUUAAAUAAAAAGUCAGCUACUGUAAUUACCAUAAUGUACAGUAUAUAAGUCACUUAUUUUAAUUUAUCACAUUAGAAUUUAAAAUGUAUUACCACAAAUUCAAUUUUUUAGCAGAAAAUUUUCAAAGUAAUAAAUAAAAAUUUAUCUAUUUACUGUAAUCAAGGUGA